ACAAUGCUUAGAAACUCCCUUGGUUGAUUUGAUCAGUAAAUAACAAAUACAUAAAAAAAAUAUGGACCACUUGAUUGGAUUGAAAGGUCCAGCGUGACUUCCUUGAUGAAUUGCUUGAUCACCGACAGAGGCUGUCACGUUGGAAGGGAGGGAAUUUGUUCUUUGUGGCGCACAACCUUUGAGAGUCCACCACGCGCGCCUCCUGAGUCUUCGUUCGCUCCACCGUUGGCCCGCACAGAUGAGACAUGCUUCCGAGACCGACGCCGUUCUUGCAUUUUGUUGCGCUCCCGCCUGUUUCACAUCACAUUGUGCUCCUUUGAGCGAAGGAGCGGUCGAGAAGAGUUUGGGCGGCUGUAGGACGCGCGGCGCGCACUUGAACCAGCUGGCGAGAGAAGUGCAAGGAUCCCCGCCUUCAAAAAAAGAUGAAUGACACGGACAUUUCCUGCCACAACUCAACCGAGCUUUCACGUGGAAACGCAACCGCAUCAUGCACGAGUUUCAUCGACAUCACCACUUUCAUGCACAUUUUCCCGUCCAUUUAUGGCAUCAUGUGCGCUGUGGGAGUUCUGGCCAACGGCUUGGUCAUUUACGCGGUGGCUGCGUGCAAGAAAAAAAUGGUGUCGGACAUUUACGUGCUCAACUUGGCCAUAGCAGACAUGCUUUUCCUCUUGGUGAUGCCUUUCAACAUCCAUCAGCUGGUCCGAGACAGACAGUGGGUCUUCGGGAACUUCAUGUGCAAGGCGGUGGUGGUGGUGGAUGUCAGCAACCAGUUCACCACCGUGGGCAUAGUUACCGUGCUCUGUAUUGAUCGAUACAUUGCCAUUGUUCACCCCACCUCAGAGCGGAGGACCAUUCACUGGACAAUCAUGAUCAACGUGCUGGUGUGGAUCGGCAGCUUCCUCCUCACCGUGCCGGUUAUGCUGUAUGCCAAAGUUGUACGCAGACACCAAUCGGAGGUCUGCAUGAUGUAUCUUGAUGGGCCCGAGGAUAUGUACUGGUACACCCUCUACCAAUCGAUCCUGGGCUUCAUCAUCCCCCUCAUCAUCAUUAGCACCUUUUACUCGCUCACGCUAUACCACGUGUUCAGCUCCAUUCGUCGAGUCAAACGCAAGCAGACCGUGUGGGCCAAGAGGGCCACCAAGAUGGUGCUGAUGGUGAUCGCUCUGUUCCUGAUCUGCUGGUCGCCCUACCACGUCAUCCAGGUGAUGAACCUGCGCAACAAUUCCCCGACUGUCGCCUUUAUCUACGCCUACAACAUCAGUAUCUGCCUCAGCUACUCUCAUAGCUGCAUCAACCCGCUAAUGUUGCUCAUCUUUGCCCAAAAUUACAGAGAACGUCUUUGUCACAGAAACACGCUCAACAAUUCCCAGCACUCAUCCAGGUUGACGGUGGUCAAAACAGAGGGUUCCAGUAUGGCCCUUGAACCCAGUUAUCGUAGUACUGCCAUUUAGUCACAAAAUGUUUCGGCGUAGACACAUGGACAAGUCGUUGUUUGUUCGAAUGGACAAGAUAAAGUAGCCCGUGAAAUUUGUACAACAGAAACCACACAGAGUAUGAUGUUCGGCAGAAGAGGGGAAGCGCAUUUGUGUCUUUAUUGACGGAACAUUAGCACUGGUCCAAGCACAUAAACAAUGGAAGAUGGAAUUCUGAG